AAUGGUGCUUUCUGAUUCUGAAAUUACAUAUCUCUUGCAGCAGAGUUUCGGAUUCGACGAUUUCAGAAAUGACCUGCAACGCAACUGUGUCAAAUGUGUGCUCGAACGCAAGAAAGACUGCUUCGUCUCCAUGCCAACGGGUGCUGGAAAGUCACUCUGUUUCCAGCUUCCGGCUGUCAUCUUACAAGGAGUUACCCUCGUGAUCUCGCCUCUGAUCGCAUUAAUUGAUGAUCAAAUUGCCCAUCUGAAGGAGAAACAGAUUCGGGCUGCAACUCUGAACUCUAAGCAAAGUACAAAAUUGAGAAGUGAAGUUAUGAAAGAUAUUUUGGGUGAUAAACCGGCAACUAGGUUGCUGUAUGUGACACCAGAACAAUGUGCAACUGGAAAUUUUAAGAGAAUAGUGUCGGAUUUGAUGGACAAGAAGUGUCUGGUGUUGAUAGCAGUGGACGAAGCCCAUUGUGUGUCCCAAUGGGGCCAUGACUUCCGUCCCGACUACCUCAAAUUGGGCACUUUGCGGUCCAUGACAUCAAGUGUGCCCUGGAUCGCACUCACUGCCACCGCCACAAAACAGGUUGAAGAAGACAUUCUGUCCAGUCUCAGUUUACAUAAGCCAGUGCAAACUUUCAAGUCCAGUGUGUACAGACCAAAUCUGUUCUAUGAAGUGCAAUUCAGUGACCUCCUGCCUGGCAGUGGUUUUGACGACCUUGUGCAAUUCUCCCUCAAGUGUUUGGACAUCGACACAAAGUUGCCGAAAAGCCUCAGAAAACCCUCUGGUUCUGGUCUGAUCUUCUGUCGCUCCCGUGUGUCAUGUGACCAAGUUGCAGAAGAGCUAUCCAGGAGAGGUCUAGUAUCUAGAGCCUACCAUGCUGGCUUGGGUGGUCAGGAGAGGUCACGCACCCAGGAAGAGUGGCUUGCUGGAAAAUUUCCAGUUAUAGCUGCCACCAUCAGUUUUGGAAUGGGAGUUGAUAAACCAGAUGUCAGAUUUGUGGUGCACUGGACUAUUCCUGCCAGCAUGUCUGGCUAUUAUCAGGAAUCCGGCAGAGCAGGCAGAGACGGACAAACGAGCGUCUGUCGUCUGUAUGUGUCCAAGGCCGAAAAAGACACUUUGAUGUUCCUAACCAGACGGACAGUUUCUCAGUCUAAGAAAAAGUAUGACCAACAGAAAUGGGAAAUAAUGACUAAGUCCACGAUGGACAAACUGAAGACCAUGUUCGAGUACUUCGAAGAGCUCAAAUGUCGUCAUAAGAGCAUCUGUGAGAACUUCGGAGAGAUGGACUUCUUAGUCUGCAAGAGUCACUGCGACUACUGCAAAAGCAAACCCAAAGUGGAGUCUCAGCUGAAAAAGUACCUCCACAACUCCGAAGGGAGAUCGGGGUCCAUGGGGGUUCCUGGAAGUGCAAUGAACAGAGCUAGUACUUCAUGGGAGGAUGUGGACACUUCUGAUCUGUACGGUGGCGGAAGACAAGGCAUUAGCAGUGAAUGGGGAGGACACAGUGGCAGCUACAGUGGAGGUGAGGAGGAUGAUGACAGUGACGAAGACGGAGACAGUUUUUUCGAGAGAAGACGAACAAAAGGUGGUGAUGACGAAUCGAAGAGUAUCCUCAAUGGAGUCAUCGCAGAUGAGUUCAAACGUCGCAAAGCUGCAUCAGGCAAAACUGAUUACGCCAAAGCGAGCUCAGGCUUCACCAGUGCUAAAAAUAUUAUGAAGAGUAAUGGAAAAGCUGAAGUCGAAAGCGGUGGCACUACAAUUGAUGCAGCUUUUUCUACUUUGAUUAAUGCUUCUUCGUCCAAAAUAACUGGUCUCACAGUGCAGAUGCGAGAGAAAUUUCGAGCCAUGAUCAAAACUCAUUUGAAAACCAAUUUUGAAGCAUCGGGUAAUGAAAUUGAAACGAAAGCUUUGGAUAAUCUAGCCAACGAAGAAGAACAUUCAGUCCUGAAGGAAUGCACAAAAUUAAUAUCGUACAGAACUGCAGUCCUCAAAAAGAUCGGCGAAAUAAAAUCUGCCACCUCUGCGAAGCAAGUUUACAAGGUAUUGACUGUCAGUCAUGAUAGAAUGAGUGAAGACAAUGUAGUGCAUAGUUCUGAAAAUCUUUGUAAACCUACUGUUUCUACCAAUAUCGAGAAAGAAAGUGCAAUAAGUUCACAUAAAGAGGAAGAAUUCAUAAUAAAUACAUCAACAUGUCAAUCGAAUGAAAUGCAGGAAAUUCCACAACAAAAAACUGGCGAAACGAGCAUAAUAUUGACAUCUAAGCAGUGUUUGGAAACAAAAACAAAUGGUGAACUAAGUCUUGGCAGUUCUGUCCCAAAAAGUAGCAAAAAUGAACAGACGGCAGCGGGCCAAUCUGAUGAAACUUCUGGAGAUAUUAUCGAAGGAAAAUUAAAUGGAUCAAAAGUUGAUUUGACGACGUCUCCUAAGAGGUCAUCUAGAAAGCUCAGCGGAUGCAAUCAGAGUAAUAUUAAAUACUUCUUCAGUGGAGGAACCGCUGAAAAAAAGUCAUCAUCAUUUUUAUCCUCAAUAGACUCAGGAUCUGCAGCAGUCAGGGUGUGCAAGGAUUCUGCCAUAUGCGUCGAGGGUUCGAAAAAGCGCACUCGUCGCGAAGAUAUUGGACAUAAUGUAAAUGAAGCUUCCUCGCUCGUACAUACGCGCAGUAAAGUGGUGGCUUUGAGCGACCUAAAGGACAUCGCGAAUGGAGUGAGGAAAAUCCUGACUCCCUUCUACAGGAACAAGGAGAUUGCCAGCAAGGACGUCUUCAAGGAAGUUGCGAGACAUCUCACCCACUCGUGCAUUCGUUCAAUUUCACUUGAAAAAAACAUGCAAAGUGUACAGCUUGUGGUAGAUGAGUUCUUCAAGAAAAACAAAACGUGUGCCAGCUUGGAGAAUUUCUCCCAGUUUCACUGUGCUAUCAAAGCGUCAUCAUCUAAAAAGAAAUAAUUUCUACAGCAGCCAAAAUACUACUACUGACUAAAUUGUGAUUUGGCUGUAAAGUUUAUUUUUGAUAAAUAAUUUAAUUUGAGCAUCUUGA